AAACUAGUUCAGAUUUGACUUCCACUAGUUGGCAUUGAGAUGUAUGCCGACGGCCAAUGCCAACUUCGAACUCACGCACCCAGAGACACCGUUCCAACUUUACCCAAAACCCACGCUCCAAAUUCCAAAGCUGCACCGCCCCAAAUCCAACCUCAACUAUCCAACUCAACCGCGGUCCGCUCCCUCCCUUUUGCAGGAAACUGACUACACCAGCCAUGGCAGUGCCAAGCAACCAUAAAGAUAAAGCUCCACCCUCCCCUCCUCUCCUCUACUCUCCUCUCGUCGGUUUCCUUCGCCCUCUGACACCCAACAACUUAAUUAAAGACGCCAUUUUUUUAUAUUUAUCUGGAGUCAUUCAGACAGCCACCACCGUCACCCUCUUAAGCAGUCAAACAAAGGCUCUACCUUUUCCUUUCUCCACCUGCAGCCGUCGUCCUCGCGAUUCAGAUUCCUCUCCCUUGCUGCUUCAUUUCAUUUCCUCCGGCUUUAACUCGCUGACUUGAUUCGUUCUUGAAAUAUGUUGAAUCAUUCGCAUUGAGCCGAGUUGUGAGAGCUUUUGUUUUGUGUUCAUCAAGCGUGCUUUUAGACUUGUUUUGUUUACCUUUUUUUUUUUUUCUGGGUUUGCUUUUAGUUUCUUCGUCUUCUCUUCGAAUCCAAACCCUAAACAGUUCAUCAUUAGCUAAUUAGAGUAGUUUAGCCUGCCCCUGUGCUGUCUCUGGCCUACUUUUUCACAGAACAGAAAGAAAGAAGGGAGAUAUCGUAGACAAAGACUGUGUGUGUGGAGUUAGAUGGGCAUCUCCAGAGCCCGUUCUUUUACUACUCUUCCAUUCCCAUUCCUACUGCUGAUUCUUGAAGUGAUCUUGCUUUGUUUGUUGCCAUCGUCAGCCGCCGGCGAUAUAUACAACUUGGUCUACAAAGGUUGCGCAAAUCAAAGCUUCUCCGGCGGCGGCGCUGCUUACGGGCAGACGCUUGCUGCCAUGUCGACCUCACUUGCUACGCAAGCCGCCUCUUCCAAGUUCUACAAGACCACCGCCUCUUCCUCCUACGGCGGCCAGUCCCUGUUCGGCCUCUUCCAGUGCCGCGGGGACCUCUCCAACUCCGACUGCUCCGCCUGUGUCGCUCGGCUCCUCCCCAUGUGGCCCUCCCUCUGCGGUGCCUCCGCCGCCGCCCGUGUCCAGCUCGCGGGGUGCUACGCGCUUUACCAGGUCUCCGGAUUCCCCCAGGUCUCCGGCACACAGCUGCUGUACAAGACCUGCGGCUCUGGCAGCGGCGGCGGAGACUUCGAGGUCAAGCGGGACACCACCUUCAGCCAGCUCCAGAACGGCGUCGCCGGCGGGAAGGGGUUCUUCGCCACUAGCUACGGGUCAGUCUACGCCAUGGCGCAGUGCGAGGGCGACCUGUCCCCCGGCGACUGCAGCGAUUGCGUUUCCCAGGCCAUCCAGAAAUCCGAGGUCGAGUGCGGAGGCGCCUCCUCCGGCCAGGUCUACCUCGACAAGUGCUACAUUAGCUACAGUUACUACGCCAAUGGCGUCACCACAGCGGGCGGAGGCGGUGGCGGUGGCGGUGGCGGUGGCGGUGGCGGCGGAGGGCAAACAGGGAAAACAGUGGCCAUAGUGGUGGGUGCAGCAGCAGGAGUAGGGUUCCUAAUUAUCUGCUUGUUGUUCGCAAGAAGCGUGGUGAAACGUGAUGAAGAUGAUUUUUGAAGGUUGGUGGGCGACAGAGAGGAGGAGGAGAGAGGGACAAGGUUGUGAGGGGCUCUGUUCUAACUUGUCCUUUAAUGGAGAGCUUGCAGAGGAUUUGGCAGUUUGCUUUAGAGCUGCAUGUGGUUGCCAUCCAGCAAAUGGAAAUGAAAGGAAUAAUCCAAGCUGGUGUCUCAUUGUAUUUUUGCACAUCACCGACAUGUAAGAGCUGUAAGCUUGCAUAGAUUGUUUCAUGCAUUGUUCUUUCUUUUCUUUUUCUUCUUCUUCUCCUUUAUUUUUGAAUCUCAAAACUGAAACUAAUGAUAAAUUUUGGGCACACUUCUAUUGUGGAUCUCACUGAAUUCUUGAUUGCUUUUGUUGAUGCA